ACGCGCGGCGGCGGCGGCGGGAAGAUGGCGGAGUCCGGUGGCGGUGGUGGCGCUGGUGGCGGCGGCUUCGGAGCGGGCCCGGGCCCCGAGCGCCCCAGCAGAGAGGACCGCUCAGGAUUCGCAGAACUCAUCCCCCACGGCUACGAGAGCGCUUCCCUAGCAUUCCUCCUCAGCGGAGCGGGUUUUGGGGCACAGCCAGCGUGGUUUCAGACCCCGAGCAGCCGAGGGGCCGAUUGCUUCGCGCACACCGCCUCACCGCACACUGAAAAUAUUGUGAUUCGGGAGGAAGUAACCGGCACCUUUGGGGAAUCGCAGACCUUUCCUGUGAGGGAAGCAGCUUCCGGAAUUGAACAGCUCAGCCUGGAGGAAAUCUUGAGGGGUGGACCUUUGGGCUUUUAAAGGCCUCGAGGGGGGUCACCCGAGUUGAGGCCGAAGAUGUUUUCUAACGCCACAACUGCAGAAUUCCACAGGGGUCAAAGACGGAUCGGCCGGGAGCCGGAGCGGGCUGGGCUGCAUAUCCGGAGAGCUCUCCUCUCCACGGGAUGUUAGAAUUUGAAGCAGCCUGCUGAAGGAAGCAGAGCAGAGAGACGUGAUCACCAGAAUCUUCCGAGACCGGAGCCCAGAGUAGGGCACUCUCCCACGGCGGGGGUUAGGGGGUGGCACUGUGUCCCUUGAGCCUCAGGCCUGAGGCUCAAGGGACACAGUGAGCCCCACGGGACGGGGGGUACGGGAGCCCCACUGAGGAUCCCCGAGGCAGCCUCCACAUGGACAACUUACAGGACUGUGUUUAAAAGUGGUAACCACGUGCUUGCCUUGGUGAAGUCUGCAUGGCUGACAAAAAUGGAGCUCUCAAGUGCACCUUCUCGGCGCCCGGCCAUAGCACCAGCCUGCUGCAGGGCCUCGCUGCCCUCCGUGCCCAGGGCCAGCUCCUGGACGUCGUGCUCACCAUCAACAGAGAGACCUUCCACGCGCACAAGGUGGUCCUGGCCGCCUGCAGCGACUACUUCAGGGCCAUGUUCACGGGUGGCAUGAGGGAGGCGAGCCAGGAUGUCAUCGAGCUGAAAGGCGUGUCGGCCCGCGGCCUGCGGCACAUCAUCGACUUUGCCUAUAGCGCCGAGGUGACGCUAGACCUGGACUGCGUGCAGGACGUGCUGGGUGCGGCCGUGUUCCUGCAGAUGCUUCCCGUGGUGGAGCUGUGCGAGGAGUUCCUCAAGGCCGCCAUGAGCGUGGAGACCUGCCUGAACAUCGGCCACAUGGCCACCACCUUCAGCCUGGCCUCGCUCAAGGAGUCGGUGGAUGCCUUCACCUUCCAGCACUUCCUGCAGAUCGCUGAGGAGGAGGACUUCCUGCACCUGCCGCUGGAGCGCCUCGUCUUCUUCCUGCAGAGCAAUCGGCUGCAGAGCUGUGCCGAGAUCGACCUGUUCCGCGCCGCGGUUCGCUGGCUGCAGCACGACCCGGCCCGGCGGCCGCGCGCCAGCCACGUGCUCUGCCACAUCCGCUUCCCGCUCAUGCGGUCGUCGGACCUGGUGGACAGCGUGCAGCCGCUGGACCUCAUGGUGGAGGAUGUGCUGUGCCGCCAGUACCUGCUGGAGGCCUUCAACUACCAGGUGCUACCCUUCCGGCAGCACGAGAUGCAGUCCCCGCGCACGGCCGUGCGCUCGGACGUGCCCUCCCUGGUCGCCUUCGGCGGCACGCCCUACACGGACAGUGACCGCUCCGUCAGCAGCAAGGUGUACCAGCUGCCCGAGCCCGGUGCCCGCCACUUCCGUGAGCUCACGGAGAUGGAGGUGGGCUGCAGCCACACGUGCGUGGCCGUGCUGGACAACUUCGUGUACGUGGCGGGCGGCCAGCACCUGCAGUACCGCAGCGGCGAGGGCGCGGUGGACGCCUGCUACCGCUACGACCCCCACCUGAACCGCUGGCUGCGGCUGCAGGCCAUGCAGGAGAGCCGCAUCCAGUUCCAGCUGAACGUGCUGUGCGGCAUGGUGUACGCCACGGGUGGCCGCAACCGGGCCGGCAGCCUGGCCUCCGUCGAGAGGUACUGCCCGCGCCGCAACGAGUGGGGCUACGCCUGCUCUCUGAAGCGCCGCACCUGGGGCCAUGCCGGCGCCUCGGCGGGGGGCCGCCUCUACAUUUCGGGGGGCUACGGCAUCUCGGUGGAGGACAAGAAGGCGCUGCACUGCUACGACCCCGCCGCUGACCAGUGGGAGUUCAAGGCGCCCAUGAGCGAGCCCCGCGUGCUUCACGCCAUGGUGGGUGCCGGCGGCCGCAUCUACGCCCUCGGGGGCCGCAUGGACCACGUGGACCGCUGCUUUGACGUGCUGGCCGUGGAGUACUACGUGCCUGAGACAGACCAGUGGACCAGCGUGAGCCCCAUGCGGGCUGGCCAGUCAGAGGCCGGCUGCUGCCUGCUGGACAGGAAGAUCUACAUGGUGGGGGGCUAUAACUGGCGUCUCAACAACGUGACGGGCAUCGUGCAGGUGUACAACACAGAGACGGACGAGUGGGAGCGCGACCUGCACUUCCCAGAGUCGUUCGCGGGCAUCGCCUGUGCCCCCGUCCUGCUGCCCCGGUCAGGGACCAGGAGGUAGCUCCCGGGACCCGUGGGACCCGGCCCAGCCUCAUGCCGUCUCUGCCAGGGGUUCUGGUGAGCGCACACCGGGGCUGAGGACCACAGAACCACCCCACCCCCACCCCCCAUCCCGCCCCCAGGGCCUGCUACGUCGAUAAGGCCCCUCCCCCUGGGCUCCCUCUUUCCUUCUCGAAGCAGAUCCUGGCUUCAUGCCCACCGAGGGAGCCUGCCGGCCCUGAGGCCGACAUGUCACGGCAGCGGGGGUUUCCUCACCCGCCCCACAUCCUCGCUCAUGGAGGGAAUCGGGGUCUCCUUUGGGGUGUUGUUGUGUGGCUUACGUCCCACUUCUCUCUCCUCCCCCAGCUCGGCAGUCUCAGACGCUCAGAUGCAAGCUCAUUAGCGUCGAGCCCCAAACCCAUGGUUUGCACCCUGCCCCCUCCCAAGUUUCUUGCACUGUGCGUUUUUAAAAAAUAAACACCCCCCAAACUCUGGAACACACAGACCUCCAGGAGCUGGUAAGGCGGCAGGGGUGCGCCCUGCUCAGGGUUGACUUCAAGGGCGGGCAUGUUCCUGCCCCCAAUAAGCCUGAGCCGCCGGGGUGGGGAGGAUGGCCUUGGACGAGGGUCUCGCGCUUAUCUUCAUUCCUGUCCCAACUCCCUCAACGUGUUCUGUCGUCCACUUUCAGAAGGAGAAAACACAGCCGGCUCUCAGAGAGGGUCCAUAUGGUUUCCCAGCCUUCUAUUUGGUGCCGGGCGUCUCAGGGGUCCUCAGUGAGGAGCGGGCCGACACGCUAGGGGGACACCUUUAGAAUCUCUCAGUGUGUCUGCAUUCCACAAGUCUGAUGAUUUUUAUUUCUCUCCCUUUUUCCAGCCCCCCACCCCCCCACCCCCGCCCCACCCAUCCCAUGUUCCGGUUGUCAGGCCACAGGGCCUGUGCCCUCAGCAAGGGAGGUCAGGCGGGUGGUGCAGGCUCUUCCCUUCAAGGGCUUUGCGGCAUCUCUGGCCACAUUUGAUUUGGUGUCAAACCUCUAAAGCUGGUUUGGUCUGGUUUUGCCGUUUUAGUGUUCUUUUUGUUUUUGUUUUUUUUUUGUUUUCUCCUUUGGUUCUGUUUUGCUUCUUUUAAGACACCGGCAUUGCUAUCUUAUAAAUGGGAUUUGUACCCUCGGGGCAACUUAAAGUGUCUCUUCUGCUGCUAACGGACGAUUGAUGUUGUGUCUCUGUGACCCACUCACCGUGUAAAGAAUUAACCUCAUAUCUUA